UCUCUUCUCAACUGAUCGUAUAAUCAUUUCACGAGAGACGAGUGAAACACAAGAAGGUUAACCCUUUCUUGACUCCCACGCUUCUCGCGAAAGAUUAAACGAAUCCAUUUAGGUUUUUUUAGAACACACAAUAAAAAAAAACAUGGUUCGGCUCAAAUUCGCAUGUCCGGUCCUCGAAAUAAACUUAAUCUCAGCACAAGACCUAGCCCCUAUCUCAAAAAACAUGAAAACAUACUCCGUCGCGUGGAUCAACACCAAUCCCAUGCGUAAACUCACGACGCGUGUGGACCAAGCAAACCGAGCUAACCCUAUCUGGAACGAGAAGUUCGUGUUCCGCGUAGACGACAAGAUCCUCGACGUCGACGCGUCGUCGAUAGUCAUCGAGAUAUACGCGGCGGCUUGGGCCAAAGACGCGCUCGUCGGGACCGUGAACGUUCUUCUCAGCGACCUCUUCGCUCCUUGGUCCGGCUUCGGCGACGGCGACGACGGCGGCGGCGGGAACAACAACAUGAGGCUCGUGACGCUUCAGAUCCGCCGUCCUUCCGGGAGGCUACAAGGCUUUUUGCGUUUAGGCGUCGCGCUUCUCGACGGCGGUCAGAGGAGUAUGCCGUUGUCGGUCGAGGUUUUUGAUGGAAGUCGGAGAGAUAGUAAGAGAGAUGAUGCGAAGAUGAUGCAUCGUCGUACGAAUAGCGAUCAGACGGACUUAACUACGUCGACUAAUGAUUACGGAGUGAAGACAGGGGUUGUUACGGGAGGAGGUGGCAGUGGUGGAGGAGGAGGAGGUGGUGGUGGGGUUGAUAGUAUGGUGAAUGGUUCGCUUUGUAGCUCUGAUAUUGGACCGUCUGCGUCUGUGGUGGCGGCUGCGAUUGCUCAGGGGCUUUACAACAGACAGAAAACAACGGUUAAAGCGGUUGCGGGGAAGGAGGACGCGAGUUCGAUACUCGAAGGGAAGACGGAAGGGAUUGAGCAUAGAGUUGAAAGGUGGAGAGCAGAGAAAACAGGUAGAGUUGCGGUUGAAGCGGCGGGAUCGAGCGAUGAUUCUAGCGGGAAAGGAGGAGGGGGAAGGAGGCAGAGGAGGAGGAGGAGACGGAGGAAGGAGAAGCAACGGAGGAGAAACGGUGAAGGUAAAAAAGGGUUGUUCUCGUGCUUUGGAAACGUGUUCGGAUGUGAGAUUUCGAUUACUUGCGGCGGUGGGAGCGGCGGAGGAGAAGGAGACAGCACGAAGAAGAAGUAUAAUAACAAUAAAGUAGUGAAUCUUAGUGCUGUAGACGAAACGUUUAGUCAUUCUGCGACUUGA